CCCCGUCGCGCUCGCGUCCGUCUGGUCCUUGAGCCGGCGGGGACGGCGGAGCAAUGGCCUUGAGACUGCUGAGACUUCUCCCGGCGUCAGCGUCCGCGCGGGGCCUCGCGGCCGGAGCCCAGCGCGUGGGACAGAUUCAUACCAGUGUGCAAUGCCAGCUGAAGUAUGGACCUCUCGCCUUCGUUCUUGGUGAUAAGACAACCAAAAAACUGAAUGAGUACAGCCGAGUGAUAACGGUAGAUGGGAACAUAUGCUCUGGGAAGAACAAGCUCGCAAAGGAGAUCGCAGAGAAGCUAGGCAUGAAGUACUUUCCAGAAGCAGGCAUCCAGUACUCAAGCAGCACCACAGGCGAUGGAAGGCCCCUCCACACGGAAUUUAGUGGCAGCUGUAGCUUAGAGAAAUUUUAUGAUAAUCCCAAAAGCAACGAUGGCAACAGCUACCGCCUGCAGUCCUGGCUGUACGCCAGCCGCCUCCUACAGUACUCAGACGCCCUGGAACACCUGUUGAGCACAGGACAAGGUGUGGUCUUGGAGCGCUCCAUCUACAGUGACUUUGUCUUCCUGGAGGCAAUGUACAACCAGGGCUUCAUCCGAAAGGAGUGUGUGGACCACUACAAUGAAGUAAAACGGCUCACUCUCCCAGAGUACCUGCCACCCCACGUAGUCAUCUAUAUCGAUGUGCCCGUACCAGAGAUACAGAAACGGAUCCAGAAGAAAGGAGAUCCACAUGAAAUGAAGAUCACCUCUGCCUAUCUCCAGGACAUCGAGAAUGCCUACAAGAACACCUUCCUCCCCAAGAUGAGUGAGCAGUGUGAGGUUUUGGUGUACAGUACCUGGGAAUCUGAAGACUCAACCAAGGUGGUAGAGGACAUAGAAUACCUUAAGUACAACAAAGGGCCGUGGCUUGAACAGGAUGACCGUACCUUUCACAACCUGCGGAUGCUGGUUCAGGAUAAGAUGGAUGUGCUGAAUUACACGACUAUUCCUGUCUACCUUCCAGAAAUCACGAUUGGAGCUCACCAGGGUACCCGAAUCUACAACAGCUUCAGAGAGCUGCCAGGCCGCAAGUACAACCCUGGAUACAAUGAAGAGGUGGGUGACAAGUGGAUCUGGCUGAAGUGAAGGGUCCCCUCUGCCUAGCUGUGUCACAGCCAUGAUGAUGUCUGCUCUGCCCAACUCUGAACUCCAGAGCUUUACAAGACAACAGGAAAAAAAGCAAUGAUCAGGAGAUUGCCUGAAGAAAUGGUCAAAAAAAUCCAGUCUUUCCUGUGCCUAGUUAGUUGAUUGAAAGAUUCAACUUCCAUUGAAAAGGUUCUGGAACCUUCCAGUUUUAUUUUGGAAUCAUCUGGGGGAAAACAAAACAAAACAAGGCAGGUCUGCUGUGGAAGAGCAGCUCCCACUGGACGCCCCGUGUCCCCGUGCUGUCUUUCAGUCCUCUCAACUUCAAGAAAUAAAUCUGGCUCUAUAGCUCCUCCUCCUGUGUCCGCAGGCUCGCACACGCACGGACACACAUGCACGUACACACGAACGCGCACACUCACACACACACACACACGAUGGUGAUGCACAGCCCUUCCAUGCCUUCCCUGCAGUUUGCACUCACACACAAUGUUGAAAUGAUUUUCUGAAGCAUUUCUUCUUUAACAGUGCACGUUAGAGCAAAAAGGGAAAGAACCCCCACAGACUAUCAGAAUGGUGUCGUCUAGAGCAGGCUCACUUGAUGAGCAUGGAGUGUGGGUACAGAGGCAAGGUCUCGUACUGUCACCAAAAAUCAGGGUGCCAGUCCCAAGUGAAGAAAGCAAUUGCAUUUUGGUUUUCACCUGUAUGGGAACCUAGGGGGAAGGAGUCCUUAUGAGGUAGUGUCAAUCCAUGUUGCUAUUCGGGAGUUCCUCUGUAAGUUGUCCUAAGCUGUAAGUUUGUACUGAGCCCCCUGCUGUGACUGCUCCUAGUACAUACGAUUUACAUUUAGCUUCAUUAAAACUUAAUGAACUUUAGCGCUCAGUUUCCUAGUAGCACCGGACUCCAUCAGGUACGCGCAGCACAUGGCAGCUGGGGUCAGUAUUAGACAGAACAAAACAGAAGACUUUCAUCUUCCAGAACAGUCUGCUUGGCCUUACUGCUGUUGCCACCCACCUGUCAUUCCUACCUCUCUUCCUCCUCCUGAAACGGGCCAGCCCUGGAGUUGUGGAACCCAUUGAGGAAUGGCUUAAAAAGAUAAAAAUAUUUAUCUUGGCUGUAUUUCCGGCCCAUGCCUACAAGGAGCUGCUGCUCCUGAACCCCAGCACAGCAGACACGCAGCCUUCUCGGCCAUGUUGGCUAGCACAUGUCAGCACAGCACACACACGCGCGCACACACACACACACACACACACACACACACGCACACACACCGUCCUGAGAGUCCACAUGCUUAUUUCAUUCCCAGUGGCUCUACUCCCUGGGUGUGUGUCACCUGUGAUUUGUGUUGCCACAGAAGUCUGUCUUCCCAGACUCCUCCAGGGUGAAGCCCUGUGGAGUCUAGUAGAAGCUCUAAUCUGGUUUCAGUGCAUUACCUCAUUAGUUUCACCAAAAUGCUUACUGCCCUUUGGAACUUAGCUCAGGGCUGAGAUGAAAGCAUGCGCUUUGCGUAUCCCGCACUGGCAGCCUGGGCGCUUUAAGGAUCAGGAAUUCAGCACUGUCUCAACACUGGUUCUCUGUGCUUUCUGUUGAAGAGGAAGUCCUCAAUGACAUAACGCCCUUGUGGCUGUCCUCCCCUAACACCCACACCCACCGCCCGGUCUUCAGCAGAGCAAGGCUCAGCCUGGUGGCAGCUGGCAUGCUCCCCAGGCAUCAGACUGCUGCCAACUGCAGUCCACAGUACAGCCAUGGAGCCAUGGCAAAUAGCCACCCACCAGGCAAAGCAGUGCAGUGAGGGCAGUAUAGCUAUGUGGCCACUUGUGGGUGCGAGGUACUAGGAGGGGUUAAGGACCUGCAGUCAGGCUGAAUGUGAUGUAGCGUGGGGUUGUGCAGUGCAGUACGAAUGACGACCUGUCUUCCUUGCUCUGAUGGCUCCUCAUUGCUAAGAAACAUCCUGUGAUCUGCUUACCAGAAAGGCCUUCUGCAUUGGCUGUUUGUAAGCUGUGUGUGCUGGCGCCAAGGAGACAGGCCUGCUCUGUGGCAGAUCUGCAAGGUUAGGGCUGCUGUGCAGUAGGCAGGAUGGUGCUGCACUUAACACAGCCUUUGAAACAGCUCAGAGCUGGGAGGUAGAGCCCGAAUCACCCCGGGAUUUACAUUGACUAUAAAGCCAGCCAGCCCCUGAGGGAGUUCCCUGGACCUGCAGCCCUUAGGUCCUUUUAUCCUGUUGGGGUUUUUAGAGAUAAGCUCCUCUGGAAGACAAGUCCAGGAUUUGACCAGAGAGUUUGAGGGAAAGUGCCUUUCUCACCUGCAUGGCCUUGUCGGGAGGCCUGAGCUCUGAGUUUUGGUGUAUCCCAUUUUCUCCGGAACUCUGAUCUGACACCCUAGGACCAGAGAUCUCCAAUAUAGGCUUACCCCAAAGGAUCAGUGGCAAGGGAUCUUUAAGGCAGGGUGUCACUGGCACCUAUGAGAUGACCUUUAUGACUUUUUUAGUAUUCUGACAGCAAGCUAAUCCAACAGAUCUACCCUUUAAAGCUGCAUUUUCCUAGGAAGGGGUGGUGCCAGCAACAGUAGGGUCUUUCUCCUGCAUGCAUUGGAAGCAGAGGCUCCCUGUGUUCCUCACAAACUCGGUAGCCUCGUGGUAGUGAGUGGACUGAGGGGCCAGAGCUAGGGCAUUCCAGGGGUCGGGGCAUAGUCCAGUGGGAUGUGAGUGAGGCCUCAGCCAGGUCAGUGGCAGGAAACAAGAUGAUGCCACCUUGAAACUGACCUGGAGCCAGGGCAAUAUGAGAAUACAGUACUAAGGACAAAGACGUGUACUGGCUUCCCUCCUCACAGUCCUAGGUAGUCAUAUUCACUGCCUGCUAAGCCUAGGGCCACUGCAGUGGGCACAGCCCGGUGAUGGUUAGAUCUGUAUGUGGGAUCCUCCAUCCCAGGCUUUCCUAACACUCCCCAUAUGCUGCCUUCAACCCUUUCCACUGCCUGCAGCAGGGAAGUGCAAGGUCAACUUCAAAUCACAGCAUUCUGUGCCCGUAGUUCUCUCCGUGCCCGUAGGAGGUAAAGGAAGCCCACGCGGUUGGCUCUUCAGGAUGUCCUUUCAAGGCCCAGGCUGCUCAGAGCAGAACAGAGCCCUGGAGAGGCAAGAGGUUAGGCAGAGCUGGAGAAAGAACCAUUGUGGAUAAGAGCUGGCCAAUGGGGGGAAAGCCCUGUCUUGAAGGGAUACUGGAAUACAGGGAUGGUUAUAUAGGCGAUGGAGUCACAGCCUGUAGGUGCGGAGUUGUAGCCAGAUGUGUGCACCUGCCCUUAGUCGCCUAGUGAGAUUUCCUCAUUUCAACCAGCCCUCAGUCAAAACAGUUGUUUGGACAAGGGUCAUUUUGUCCUUAGCCUUUUAAUUGCUGAUUCUGCAUCCUGACUUUCCCAGUGGCCAAUCGGGAAAGAAUGGCUGCCGCAAGGCCCUGUUGCUGAUCAAACCCAGGUAAGGAGAUACUCUUCAUUAUGAGAGAUAAGACUCUGAAGUCCAAACUGGGAUGGGUGUCUUAGGGGGAGCGACACCUCGCUGAUCAGCCUCACAGCCAGCCUCCAGCCCCUGAGCUCACUGUCAUCACAGAGAGAAGGAAGCUCCAGUGUUCUUAGAUACCUCUUGGCACACAGCUCCCCAGGGGUCCUGUGUGAUGUCCGUGGAGACCCAGUGUGGAUAUGUCAUGUGUUCUGCACACUGUCCUUCAGUAAGUGUCUCUCUGGAGCACGGGUGCCCUGCUGGAGUUCAGCCCUUGAUUCGGCGGCUCUUGCUGCUGUCGAGGGAGUCUUGCUCUCACACAGCGAUCAGAGUCCCGAAGACCUGUGGGCUGUGCAGUCUGAGGACGGAGCCUGAGGAGGUCUGGGUGUCCAAGUUGCUCAGCCUGGAGAUGGGCUCUGGGUGAGGGGACUCUCAAGGCCCACACAAUGCCCUGGCCCCUGAUGCUCAGUGUGAGCUACAACCUGUGUUUCCGCACAGCCCUGGAUCUCACGUGACAGACACCCUUGCCCUCAGGAUUCCCCAGCAGCUCCCCUGACAGCAGCCUGUUGUCAAGCCUGCAGCCCUGAGGUGCCCUGUGGCCAGCAAGGUGACCCUGGUCUGCCCCAUGUCAAUGCCCAGUGCUCCCUAAAUCUAGGAGCCACCCCGUUCUCUAGUCCCCUCCUUGGCCUAAAGCAAGUCUUUUGGCAGGGCUGGUUAGGAACCAGCAGCUGUUGAGGGGGAACCAUCUGGGAGAAGGGUGAGCUGGCUCAGGGAGCCCUGGACAAUAGUAGGGGAAAUUGCAGGAAAUGGGAAGAAAUGGCAGAUCCGGGCCCUAUUUUCCAAGCUGCCAAGCUUUUUGAAUAUACAUAUAACAGGUAUAAUUAUGUCUCAUCCUUCCAAACACUUCCAGAUCAUUUUUUCCCUUUUUAAAGUGGCCAGUAUCCCAUCCUUCUCAUCAGCAGUGCUCAGGCCUCCUCUCCGGCCUUACAGGCUCCCAGAAGCAUUGACAAGGCCAGUGGGAAGCCAAGGGGAUAGAACCCUGUGGGCUGCUGCAGCCACAGAUGCCCCUGGUGUGUGCUGGCCAGGCAGAGGUGCCACCUCUAGGCAAGACCCUGGCAUUUGUCCCCAGGGUACCAUGUAAUCACCUUGAUCGUGUACCUCCAGGUGUUCCAGGUCCAAGGCCACUGAAAAGUCUGAGUGUCUAGGUACCUAUGUCUGAGUGAGAGGGAGCCAGAAUCCUGAGUGUCUCCUCUGACUCCGGCUCUGACCUGGGAAGCCUUAGAGACAAGGCAGCAUCACCAGGCUGGCAGUCAAGUGCCCAGAGCCAGGCAAGAGGCCUUCUUGAAUCCCACCUGCCCCGUCCAUCCAUUCAGACUCUCAGCGUGAGUUUCACUGGUUAAGCAUGCACAUAAACAAACAGAAUAGCAGGUCUAAUGUCCCUGGUCCCAGGCGUCUCUGCUUCCUGACUGCACUGCAGUGUGAAUGGCGGCCUCAAGCUGUUGCCACCAUGCUAUCCCCGCCAGGAUGGAUGGUACUCGAAUUGUAGUCAGAAUAAACCCUUUCUUUGUUGUUUUUUGUUUGUUUGUUUGUUUGUUUUGCUUUGUUUUGUUUUUGUUUUCAAGACAGGGUUUCUCUGUUCUGGAACUAGCUUUUGUAGACCAGGCUGACCUCGAAUUCACAGAUAUCCGCCUGCCUCUGCCUCCCAAGUGCUGGAAUUAAAGGCAUGCACCACCACCACUCAGACAGAAUAAACCCCCCUUUUAAAAAAAAAAAAAAAAAAAAACUUACUUUAGCUGAGUAUUUUAUUACAAAAACAAGAAAGGCAAUGAACACAGCACGUCCAGCAUUUAUCCUGAGAGGUGGAACCUGGAAGGGGCCGUGUGCACUAAGCUGCCUGGGGUCUGACCCUGUGUUUGGGCCUGACUGGAGGCUUUAGGGCCUCCUCCCUCCCACCACAGCUCUGACUUGUACAGUCUUGUUACUGGAGUUAGUGAACUUGAAUCCAGAGGAGGUUUCAAGUCUCAGGCUCUCCCAACAGCAAGGGAUGCUCACUUGAGGCUGGGUGAUGGGCUAUGCACAGAGGAGGAGAGGCCUAGAACCUCAGAAGCCUUGGAUCCCCACCCUCUUCCCUCCUCCGAAGUCAUUUGUAUGUGUCACUUACUCCUAGUACCAAGACAGAGUGUGAGCAAGGAGACUUCAGCAAGCCAGGCAGCAGAUGUCUUCAGGUCCAAGGCUGAGGUCCAGACUCCUAGCCUGUCUAUGGCCUUGGGUUUGCCCCACAGACGCAAGAUCUCAUUACAGGUUCCUACUAGACCUUGCUAGAGUCAUUUAUGUGAGAUGCAUGCCUUCUUUCCCUUCUGUCCUAUACAGAACCUGGGUGGACAGGUGACAGGUCUUUUCUGUGGCCUAGAACAGGACUUUAGAGUCCAGGGUGUCCUGCAAAGAUGACAUCAGGACUCUAGACCAUAGCUUACAUGCAUUUGACUGAGGGCACAUCCAGGAAGCCACUGGCAUGCCGUCUUGUAAUCCAGUUCUGGUCUCUGAUGGGCCACCAUCCCUCAGCCUCAUGAGCUGGACUUAUGGAAGUAUCCAAUGGCCAUUUGGGUUCUCUAAAGGUGUUUCUCCCAUGUCGUCAUCUCCAUGGCCAGGGCUACAACAACUGGCCCCUAGCACGGCACCCUACAGUGGAGCAGCAGCAUUUUGGCACACUGAACACAGAGCCCACUGGCCUCUCCCAGCCCCAGCCUGUCUUUCCUGGACUCUGCCUUCAUGGCUACUGUGAGCUGUCGUCUGAGCCUCCAUCCUCCGUGUCUAUCUGUUGAGCUGCCCUCUGGAACCCGAGCUCACCCUGAAGCCAGUCAGGUGAUGUCAAGACAUACUCUCUCCCCACUGUGGAAUGGCCUUUCCGCAUCCCUGCCUGGGUUGGAUGUUCAGCCUCAAUGCCCCUGACUCAGCACUGUGAAGCAACUUCAAAGCUCGCCGGAUAAGCUGUUGGAUGUCUGCAUCAAAUAUGGAUGGUUUUCAGAAUCCCAUCGUGGGCGCUGAACAAGAGCCACCGUCCUCUUCACCCCUUAGCUUUGUGACCUCGAAGCCACAGUUGGCUGAAUCCAAUCCACUCUCAUUGAAACUUGUCUCUCACUUGUGUAUUGUCUGGGCUCUUUGCUUUUUCUUUCAUUUUAAGAAAAAAAAUAUAUAACAUAAACACUUCAUUUUUUCUUUAUAGAGCCAUGAAAUCAACUUAACCCCAGAAAUGUUUAGUGUCAGAAUUUUUAAUAAAAAUUAGAUUUCUCUUGAA